GACUGUCUCCCGGCGGCUGAGGGUGGGGGCCGCUCGCAGUGCCGCUCCGGCGCGGGUCGGGUGACUGGGCGGGAGUCUGUUCCGAGCAGCCCGGCGGAGUCCGCGCGUCCGGCGGCGACGAUGGAUCCGGGGAGCGCCUGGCGGAGGGUGGCAGGCUCCCCUGCGUCCCGCGGAGUCUGGAGACCUUGUUCCUCUUCCCCCUGCUGCUCCGCCUCGCUGCUGGGUAUGAACAGCUGGCUGCUCUUCUACGGCGUCCUGUACCUGGUGCUCUAUGCCCAGGUGUCCCAGUCCAAGCCCUGCGACAGGGCCUCCUGCUUCUCCGGGCGGUGUGUCAACUCCACCUGCCUCUGUGACCAGGGCUGGGUAGGCGACCAGUGCCAGCACUGCCAGGGCCGGUUCAAGUUAACAGAACCCUCUGGAUAUUUAACAGAUGGACCAAUAAAUUAUAAAUAUAAAACUAAAUGUACAUGGUUAAUUGAAGGAUAUCCUAAUGCAAUAUUAAGAUUAAGAUUUAAUCAUUUUGCCACAGAAUGCAGUUGGGACCAUAUGUAUGUUUAUGAUGGAGAUUCAGUAUAUGCACCUUUAAUAGCUGUAUUUAGUGGUCUAAUAGUCCCUGAGGUGCGGGGAAAUGAAACUGUUCCUGAAGUAGUUACUACAUCUGGCUAUGUGUUGCUACACUUUUUUAGUGAUGCUGCUUAUAACCUAACUGGAUUUAACAUAUUUUACUCCAUUAAUUCCUGUCCUAACAAUUGCUCAGGGCAUGGGAAGUGUACAACUAGUGUUUCCAUUCCAAGCCAAGUGUACUGUGAGUGUGACAAAUAUUGGAAAGGCGAAGCGUGUGAUAUUCCAUACUGUAAAGCUAACUGUGGGAGCCCAGAUCAUGGCUACUGUGAUCUGACAGGCGAGAAGCUGUGUGUGUGCAAUGAUAGCUGGCAAGGCCCUGAUUGUUCUUUGAAAGUUCCUUCCACGGAGUCUUACUGGAUUCUACCAAAUGUGAAGCCAUUCAGUCCUUCUGUAGGUCGGGCUUCUCAUAAAGCAGUUCUACAUGGAAAAUUUAUGUGGGUGAUUGGUGGAUAUACCUUUAACUACAGUUCAUUCCAAAUGGUAUUAAACUAUAAUUUAGACAGCAACAUAUGGAAUGUAGUACCUGUAUCAAAAGGACCUCUCCAGAGAUAUGGACACAGUCUUGCUUUGUAUCAGGAAGACAUCUACAUGUAUGGAGGCAAAAUUGAAACAAAUAAUGGGAAUGUCACUGAUGAGCUGUGGAUAUUCAACAUAAACAGUCAAACAUGGAGUACCAAAAUUCCUGCAAUACUUGUACAUGGCCAACAGUAUGCUGUGGAGGGUCACUCAGCACAUAUAGUAGAGUUGGACAGCAGAGAUGUUGUCAUGAUCAUCAUUUUUGGAUACUCCUCAGUGUACGGUUACACAAGCAGUGUGCAAGAGUACUAUAUCAGAUCAAAUUCAUGGCUUGUGCCAGAAACAAAAGGAGCAAUUGUGCAAGGUGGAUAUGGUCAUACUAGUGUCUAUGAUAAAAUGACAAAAUCCAUUUAUGUUCAUGGUGGAUACAAAGCAUUACCUGGCAAUAAAUAUGGAUUGGUGGAUGACCUUUAUAGAUAUGAAGUUAAUACGAGGACAUGGACUAUUUUGAAAGAGAGUGGUUUUGCAAAGUAUCUUCAUUCAGCUGUCUUAAUAAGUGGAGCUAUGCUGAUUUUUGGUGGAAAUACCCAUAAUGAUACUUCUCUGAGUAAUGGUGCAAAGUGCUUUUCAGCUGACUUUCUGGCAUAUGACAUAGCUUGUGAUGAAUGGAAAAUUUUACCAAAACCUAAUCUGCAUCGAGAUUUGAACAGAUUUGGACACACUGCAGUCGUCAGUAAUGGGUCCAUGUACAUAUUUGGGGGUUUUUCAAGUGUUCUGUUGAAUGAUAUCCUUGUGUACAAGCCUCCAGACUGUGAAGCAUUCAGACAAGAAGAACUGUGUAAAAAUGCUGGUCCAGGGAUAAGAUGUCUGUGGAACAAAAACCAUUGUGAAUCCUGGGAAUCUGGACAUGCUAACAAUGUCCUUGAAGCAAAGUGUACCAGAAAAACAGCUGCUGCAGAUGACAGAUGUUACAAAUAUGCAGACUGUGCCAGUUGUACCGCUAAUACAAAUGGUUGCCAGUGGUGUGAUGACAAGAAGUGCAUUUCAGCAAACAGUAACUGCAGUAUGUCAGUCAAAAUCUACACCAAAUGUCAUGUGAGAAAUGAACAGAUCUGUAAUAAAUUGACCAGCUGUAAAAGUUGCUCACUAAACCUGAACUGCCAGUGGGAUCAGCGGCAGCAAGAAUGCCAGGCGUUACCAGCUCAUCUGUGUGGGGAAGGAUGGAGUCACAUUGGCGAUGCCUGCCUUCGCAUAAAUUCUAGUCGUGAAAGCUAUGACAAUGCCAAACUAUACUGCUACAAUUUGAGUGGGAAUCUUGCCUCAUUAACAACCUCAAAAGAAGUGGAAUUUGUUCUGGAUGAAAUACAGAAGUAUACAAUUCAGAAAAUAUCACCUUGGGUAGGUUUGCGCAAGAUCAACAUCUCCUACUGGGGAUGGGAUGACAUGUCUCCUUUCACGAAUACGACACUGCAAUGGCUUCCUGGAGAACCAAAUGACUCUGGCUUCUGUGCAUAUCUAGAAAGAGCAGAGGUGUCAGGGCUGAAAGCGAAUCCAUGCACCGCUAAGGCAGAUGGUCUUGUCUGUGAAAAACCUGUUGUUAGUCCUAAUCAAAAUGCUAGACCUUGCAAAAAAACGUGUUCCCUGAGAACAACAUGUUCCAACUGCACGAGCAAUGGCAUGGAGUGUAUGUGGUGCAGCAGUACAAAACGAUGCGUUGACUCAAAUGCCUAUAUAAUCUCCUUUCCAUAUGGACAGUGCCUAGAGUGGCAAACUGCCACCUGCUCUCCUCAAAACUGCUCUGGAUUGAGGACCUGUGGGCAGUGUUUGGAACAGCCUGGAUGUGGGUGGUGCAAUGAUCCCAGUAAUACAGGAAAAGGGCAUUGUGUGGAAGGAUCUUCAAGAGGGCCAAUGAAGCUUGUUGGAGUGCACUCCAAUGAAAUGGUUCUUGACACUAAUCUUUGUCCAAAAGAGAAAAAUUAUGAAUGGUCUUUCAUCCACUGUCCAGCUUGCCAGUGUAAUGGGCACAGCACCUGCAUCAAUGGCAAUAUUUGUGACCAGUGUAAAAACCUAACUACAGGAAAACAGUGUGAAACAUGCAUGCCAGGUUACUAUGGAGAUCCAACAAAUGGAGGCCAAUGUACAGCUUGCACAUGCAGUGGACAUGCAAAUAUUUGUCACAUGCAAACAGGAAAGUGUUUUUGUGCAACUAAAGGAAUCAAAGGAGACCAGUGUCAACUCUGUGACUCUGAAAACAGGUACCUCGGAAAUCCACUCAGGGGAACGUGUUACUACAGCCUUUUGAUUGACUACCAGUUUACCUUCAGCUUACUACAAGAAGAUGAUCGCCACUUCACUGCCAUAAACUUUAUAGCAAACCCUGAACAGUCAAACAAAAAUUUGGAUAUAUCAAUUAAUGCUUCAAACAACUUUAACCUCAAUAUUACAUGGUCUAUUGGUUCUACAGCAGGAACAAUAUCUGGAGAAGAGAUUCCUGUUGUUUCCAAGACUAAUAUCAAGGAAUUUACAGAUAGCUUUUCUUGUGAAAAAUUCAACUUUCGGAGUAACCCAAACAUCACGUUCUAUGUGUAUGUCAGCAAUUUUUCGUGGCCAAUCAAAAUACAGGUUGCCUUUUCACAGCACAACACCAUCAUGGAUCUCGUGCAGUUCUUUGUCACCUUCUUCAGUUGUUUUUUGUCCUUACUGCUGGUGGCUGCUGUCGUUUGGAAGAUCAAACAAACCUGUUGGGCUUCUCGACGGAGAGAGCAACUUAUGCGGGAGCGACAGCAGAUGGCCAGCCGUCCCUUUGCUUCUGUCGAUGUAGCACUGGAAGUAGGAGCUGAGCAAACAGACUUUCUACGAGGGCCAUUAGAGGGCUCUCCUAAACCAAUUGCCAUUGAGCCUUGUUCAGGAAACAAAGCAGCAGUCCUUACUGUAUUUUUAUGUCUACCGAGAGGAUCAUCAGGAGUCCCACCCCCUGGUCAAUCAGGUCUUGCAAUCGCAAGUGCAUUGAUAGACAUUUCCCAACAGAAGCCUGCAGACUGUAAAGAUAAGAGUUCAGGGGUCAGAAAUCGAAAGCAUCAUCUUUCAACACGUCAAGGAACUUGUGUGUGAGGUCCAGAAAAUGCACUUGUACAUUCUGUAAUGUUUUCCUUUUAAAUGGCUUCCAUUGAAAGCUAUACUACAGCCUCAGUUUUUCUGGAGGCAAACCUAUGGAUUAUGAUGACGAAGAUGAUGAUGAUAAGUAAUGCGUUCUGUUAUAUUCACACUUGCAGCCUGCUAUUCCCCACAGCAGAACAAUCUUAUGGCAAAUAUGUCUAUUUGAUGAGUUUAUUUAGAAAUAAACGAAAUACUUGUCUCAAUGCUGAGUAUAUAUUGGGGCGGGGUGGGCAUUGAGUACAUCUAGGAAAGACUACACAUUGUUUUGUAAUGUAGAAGGAAAUUGUAUAAUUGAAAACUAAACUAUUCACAGGACACUAAAAGACAUUUUUAUAGAGCUUAAUGUAAUGGUGAGAAUUGUACGGUUUUCUUCUCUUAAUCGGCGUUAAAAUGCCCUUACAGAAAGCAGGAACUGAAGAUGUUGAUGUGGAUUUAAGGGUUAUUUUAUCAUUGCCCAAAUCUGAAGGUAGAUUUUGAAUUAAGCCGUAUGUAGGUGUAGCCAAGCAAAACAGCAAAUAUAUAUUUUGAUGAUCAUAUCAUAUUAAAAACCUGAUUAAAGCAUAUCAUGUUUUUUACCUUCUGAAAGGCCCUGACAUACAAUCUGGGCUCCAACAGGAUGAUGGGUGGAUUUCAGUAUUUCACUUCAUAAGAAGUUCAUUAGAAUUCUGACCGACAUGUAUUGUAAAGAGUAUAUGUUGGUCUUCCAUACCAACUAAUUAUCAGAGCUGAUUGAGCAUGGAAAAUUCUAUCCUUUCUGAAAGCUCUCUCCAAGAUUUCAAGCCUAAGGAGAGUUUAACUUGCUGUUACUUUGCAGUAGUAUACCUGCUUCUGCUUCAAUACUGUAAUAUUCUAAAAUGACUGUAAAUCAUUGUCCUCACCUCCCAGCAAAAAGGUUGCACCUCAAAUAGCUCAUUGACCCAUCCAUAAUAAUAAUAAAUAAUAAACUAUGAUCUUCCCCUGACCUUCCUUUUCCAGCUGCAGAAUUUCACUUUCAUCCUAUUUAAAGAAAUAUCCUGCAUACAAAAUUCAUAUAAUAAACUUCCAAAAGCCAGCUUGAUUCCAACAGUGGUUCUGAUAUCAUCCAUCCAAUAUGGGACCUCACCAAAUCAAUGCUCAACAACAACAAAAAAGCUAACAGAAAAGCAUCCUCUCUAGUGGGCAUUAGUCUAACAAGCUUUGAGGAACUUGUUCACCAUUGUAAAAACUCCAAUAAACACUUUCAUAUGGCCCGCCUCGCUGUAUUUUCAGUUAGUUAUAAUUCUGAAAUACAGCAAAAGAAAAAGAGACUGUUAAGGGGGGGAGGUAGCAGAUGGGUCUUAUUCUCAUUUAUGCAUUAAACAUUGAUGAUGGUUUAUGUGAAACCAAUAGUUUUGUUAGCUCUUGCUCAGAAGUGAAGUUUAUCACCUCCACGGUUGCCAAGGUGCUAAUGUAGGAGACAGCCACAGAGGUAUAAAUACCUCUUGUAUAUGAUAGAGUUUUGGUAAAUGUGAAAGAUAUAAAAAGAUAAUUGAUGUUUACUACUAUAGCUGUAUUUUUCAUUUUCUUUUUUAUUUCAGGAAGGUGAUGACAUUUUACUGUUUGCAGUUGACUACAUAGUUACUUGCAUGCCAUGGUGGUGCAGUAGCAGUAAUAAAGCCCUGUUGUGAGUUGAUAGUGUUUAUUUUGUAAUGCCAUUUAUACAGAAAACUAUUCCACUUAAUUUGGAUGAGGACUGAAUGUAAAAAUUAAAUAAAUAUUAAAUACAAUGGUUGUACAGGAUUAUUAGGUUGCAUCUUACCAUGACUGCUUUAUUGUUUUGACAAAUUGUGCAUUUAUGAAUUAUGCUAUAAUUAUUCCUUAGCGGGCAUGAUUGUUUCAGUAUUUUCCUAUCUUAAAAUAUGACUGAUUCUUAAGCUGAAAUAAUGCCAUUAUGAUAUUGUGUUUUUAUUGACUAUGCUGACCUCACUCCCUUAUUUCUUAAAACCUAAGAUUCAUUUUGAAAGAUUCUUUUGUGAAUUUUCAGUCAAUGCUACUUAAAACCUGGAAAAAAGAAUCUUCUGAAAAUAGUUCCUUCUGUCAGUUUUAAUGCAGAACUGCUUGAGGGAAAAUAAGCCAGUAGAACUGGUGUGCAUGGUGAAUUAGCCAUUCAAAAAGAAAAGAAAAAUAAACCACUUGUCUGGAAUUUUUCCCUAAUUCUGUAAUAUCUUUCUGUCGAAACAUUACACAUGAAAAAUAUACAUUUCUUUGUGUGUACCUGAGACCCAUGGUACACAGGGCAUGUAUUCUACAGAGCAAUUUCUCUGACUGGAAUCCCCAAGUGGGAAUUGCAUCUGCCUGUAAUAACCUGGAGUCUGAUGUUACUUGAAAAGUAAAUUUAAGUUUGAAUGGAUUAUAAUGUUUAUUGUAGCACUUGAGAUGGGCAGAUAUUCAUUAGGCAUUUUAUAAAGUUAUCAGUUAAAAACAUGUUGUUUUUAUUGUUCAGGUAAAGUACCAGUGUCAUGGGGUCAUUCAACAUGUUCAUUAUAUUCAGAGUACUUUUUCUAACACUUCCAUGAUCAUUGUUCUCCCAGGCUCCCUGCAUACAAAUUAGUAAAAGUAAAUGCAUUAAAGAGAAAUAUUAAUGUAAUGGUCGCCAUUAAAUGGAAGUUUGCAACAGGAAUCAAACCACAUUAUCUGUGUAACUGUGGUUACUUUGUUUUAGGUCUGUGAAAAUACUGAUGUAUCUCAGUGCCACACUGUGCCAGUUAUUGGCAAAUACUGACUCUUAAUGGUGACCACUGUACACUGGGUGACAGAUAUUCUCAUUUGCUUUAUGCUCAAGAAUGUUCAGUGCUCUGCUCCCAGAAUAUUUUUGAACUCUUGAUCAAAUUCAGAAAAUGUUGAGUGACCCUUUGUAACUUUAGUGUGAUUUAUGUUGAACUAAGAAUACAGGGCUAAAAACUGAUCUGAAUAGUGGCCCUGUGGUGAAAUUCUGACCAUCAGGAUUCGAUAUCUGUAUAUAUUUUCUUAGCAAACCAGUCAUUGAUACUUCUAGGGGGAAAUUCACAGCUAUAAAUUACUGUUCAAAGCAAAGUAACAGAUAUAUCGGAUACUGUAGCAUGGGUGAACCAAUCUCUCCAUUUCUCGUGUGUGUGUGUACCCUCUCAUGAAGCUACUUGAAUAUAGUCUGUGUAAAUAAGUUACACUUCAGAAUGCAAUGAGUUCGAGUAAUUAUAUUUCUUUGUAAGAGACAGAUGUAUAUCUUUAACUGGGCAAGUUCAGAUUUAGAUCUGACUGCAUUUUUUUUCACAGUGGGGCCCUCUAUUUAUAUAGUAGAACCAAAAAUGUAGAACAUUGGAAAAGUUUGGAUCUUGAUAUAUAGAGUCUGAUGUAUAAAAUCAGCAGCAAUGAUUAAUGUUCCAAACAAUUUACACUGUAGGUCUGGAAUCCUGAGAGUAAGAAUUUUGGGAUCACUUUAACAAUGGUUCAAUUUUUAGGCCUAAUAACUUUGACAGUGUUCAUCUAGAUUAUACAGUCAGUACGUACUUAAUUUGAUUACCAGUUGUUGUUUUUUUAAAACCACCUGAAGGGUUUCUGAACAAUAAAGGUAAA